AUGGUUGACUCCAAAUCUCCCGACCACUAUGUCAAUCUGAGAAAGCAAGACCGAGCCAGCGAGACCAAGACAAGACCGAGACCAAAGUCCGUCGAGACCAAGACAAGACCAAAACCACGUAAAAUGGUCUCGAGACCGAUCUCGAGACAUCCAACUCUAGACAUUGAGCAUGUGAGCAGGUCAUCUGUGACCAGACCUCUACCUCUACCUGGUUCCUGCACCUGUCCUCAAGGCUCAGAGAUCCUAAAAGAUCACCUCCCUAAGGAGCAAAGUGAGGAGCUAAAGCAGCGACGAGCUACAGAGUUUCAGCAGAACAAAAACAGGACAACUUCAGUACUGUCCAGACUGUUGUUUGCCUUGCCUAACUCUCCUCUGCAGUAUCCUAUCCAGGGUUACACAGUGCAGCCUUUGACCUCCACUGUCAUACCAGCUUUAGGGCUGCAUGCAGAAAAAAGAAAGAGCUACAAGGUGGUCUUAAGUGUGUCUAAAGGCAUCCUCAGAACUGAAAUACGACAUCAAGACGUGACAGUUAAAGGUUCUGGUGAGAAUAAACUGAUUAUUGAAUCCAGUAACCUGGUGAUCCUCAACAACCUGCUGGCCAAAGUGUCGUAUACCAGCACUAUCUACCAUAUAAACACUGGAGACCUUGCCACAUUCCAGUUUGAAAACCAUGAAGCGGUGUUCCCCAUUGCCAUCAAACAGCCUCAUAUACCAGUCCUAUACAACAUAGGGACAGACAUUAGUUCUCAAGUCACCAUCACCACAAAGACUUUCCUGCGCUACAGAGAACUGAAGGUGUUGUUGGACAGCAUCCGAAAAUUCUACAACAACAUAAAAGUGAUUAUUGCAGAUGACAGCUUAGAACCAAAGCCAAUUCCUGGAGAAAACAUCUUACAUUACAUCAUGCCUCCAGCACAGGGCUGGUUUGCAGGCAGAAAUCUGGCUGUUUCCCAGGUAACAACUAAAUACUUCCUGUGGGUGGAUGAUGAUUUUGUGUUUACAGAGAAGACAAAGAUAGAGAAGUUUGUGGAGGUGAUGGAGGCAAACCCUGAACUGGAUGUGGUUGGUGGGGCUGUAGAAGAGAACCAGUUUUAUUUUACUCUUAUAUAUGAGGAAGGAGAGGAAAAUGAAGGUGGCUGCCUAUACAGAAAGUCUCAAGGGAAAUUUCACUCACUUCCUGGCUACCCACAAUGCUUUCUGGCUAAUGGAGUGGUCAACUUCUUCCUGGCUCGUACAGAUGCUGUACAGAAGGUGGGUUUUGACCCUAAGCUACAGCGAGUAGCACAUUCAGAGUUCUUUAUGGAUGGUCUGGGCUCUUUGCUGGUUGCGUCAUGUAGUCACGUAUCCAUUGGUCAUCAACCCAAAACAACCGACAGCCAAAGUUCUACAUAUGACAAAUUUAGAAUCCCGGGAGAAAAUGAUGAAAAAUUCAAACUGCAGCUUCACUUUUACAAAAACAAUCUUAAGUGCAUUAAAUAUGGAUAA